AUGGUUUCUUUCAACAGCGUCGUUGCUUUAGCAUUUGCAUUCACUUCAACUUACUCCUUCUCGCUUUUACACGAUGAAGCCGGCUUUGCCAUCUUGCCCCCCACCGAUAAAGUGUUGCAACAUUUGGAAGAAGCAGGUAAGAAAGACUCGUCUCAACAGUAUGAAGUCGUCACUACUGUUCAUCAAAACGGUGAAAUAAUCCAAGUUAAUUUACACACGCAUCAAAUUAGACGUAUUGGCAAAUUCCAAUACAACUACGACAACUCGGCUUACAAUGACGAAAGCAAGAGAGACCAAGUUUUCAACAAGAGAACUAUCGAGGACUCAGAUUUGCAGCAAUGUUUCAACGAAGAGGAGGAUUUCGAAACCUCGCAAUGUGGAUUCGAUUUCAUAGGCUAUAACGAAGCUAGCAACUGCACUGCUGAUGCCACCAAGUAUUCGUGUGUCUUGGAUGUCAUGAAGCAACAAGAUGCGACUUUGAAGCUCAUGGAUAUGGACUCGGUGCCUGCGCAAGUCAGAUGUUACCACAAGUUGUCCACUGCCCAAUCUGACAAGGUCACUGGUGGUGCUUGCGCCAAGUAG